GCUAUCGUAAUAUUUUAAUCUGAUUUACGAUUAAAUUAUCGCCACCUUCACUUGUCAGACGUUCGCCGUUCAUCUGUAUCUCGGUAUGUCAUAUGCUUAUUGGUAGUUUAUGUUGACCAGAAAAGUUGUUAUGAAAGUGUGAAAGUACGGGUGCAAUCUGUUUUAAGAUUCAAAUGUCAUUGCAUUCUCCGAUAUGGAAUCGUAAUCCAAAGCUUGCUGCUUACGCGAUUAUUCCGAAUCGGGACACGGAGACACGGGAUUAAUCACUAAGAACUUUUGGGAUUGUAGUGUAGCCAUCAUAUGGACGAUCGCGCCAGUCCUACAGGAUUAUUCCCCUCCUGCGGAGCACCAUGCAUGUUGAUAUGAAUCAGGAGGAACCAACGCUUAAUGGCAGCACAUCGGCGACAGAGCCACAGGUGGUCAAUGGCGACAAUCAUAACAAAGACGACCAUCACCAUGAUCACCACCACAAAUCGCUGGGAUUACCGCAGGACAUCCUGGCAGAAGUGCGCCCUCCAUCCCCGGAUUCCCCAGACAGUGUGGAUACUGCGGGAAUUCUGGGGGAGGACAAACGUCCGCUGACUCUCAUACGGAAAGCGUGCUACGGUGUUGGACAUGUGCUCAAUGAUUUAUGCGCUGCCAUGUGGUUCAGCUAUUUGUUGGUGUUCCUGCACAGCGUGCUGAACUUUACCAACACCUACGCUGGUGCUGUGAUACUGCUGGGGCAAGUUGCGGAUGCGAUUGCCACUCCCUUUGUCGGAAUUGAAUCUGACCAUUCUGUCUCGGGAUUUUUUGGUUAUGGGCGAAGGAAAAGUUGGCAUCUUAUCGGUACGAUAGCGGUGAUUGUGUCAUUCCCUUUCCUGUUUAUUGACUGCAUCGGCUGUCAUAAUUCUCACGAUUGGGCCAAAUUCAUUUACUUCGCGCCCUUUGUUGUUAUUUUCCAAUUUGGCUGGGCUUCUGUCCAGAUUGCGCAUCUUGCUCUGAUUCCGGAUUUAUCUUCAGAUGGUUCCCAUCGCGUUGAACUCAAUGCUAUUCGUUACGGAUGGACAGUCAUAUCUAACCUCACAGUUUAUAUGCUUACUUGGUUGGUCCUGAGAAUGGAUACCGACGGCGAUAAAACGGUCAACCCUUCUGAUGCAUCAACAUUCCGAAUGAUUGUUUUCAUUGUAAUUGGUGUGGGAACAUUGUUUUCCGUUAUAUUCCAUGUUGGUGUGAAAGAAGAUCCACAUCCACAACGCAGCUCAUCGCAGUCCUCUGUAGAAACACAAGACAGCCAGAUGAGCUCGGUGCAUAUGACUUGGGCAGAGUGGUUUAAAGAACCGCACUUUUACAUUGUGGGUGCUCUAUAUAUGUCCGCCCGGCUUUUUGUCAACCUCACGCAGGUGUAUUUGCCAAUGUAUUUGCUGGAUACUCUGCAACUAGGAAAGGACAGUAUCGGCUAUAUUCCUCUCAUGGUUUACAUGACCGGCUUUGUAGCUUCAGUAAUAAUGAAACCACUGAACCGAUGGAUUGGCAAGAAGGUUGCCUGUGUUCUCGGGAUUGCACUCGGCUUAGGAGCCUGUGCUUGGAUUCAAUUUUUUAACGUAGACGGUAAAACUGUUUACGGAAUCGCGGCACUUUUGGGGACUUCCGGGACCGUGCUCAUGGUAGCGUCACUGGCUGUCACCAGCGAUCUGAUUGCGGGAAGUACCAGUACGGGUGCAUUUGUGUUCGGACUAAUGAGUUUCGCGGAUAAGUUAUCCAACGGAUUAGCUGUGAUGGCUAUCCAGCUCUUACAUCCCGUCUCCGGCACUCAUUCAGAUCACUCGGAUUUCUUUGCAAAAGUGAUGGUAUAUGUACCGACCGGAGCAUGUGUGAUAGCAUUGAUUUGCAUUUUGUUGAUAUCGCGUCAGACGGUGGGAGUGCGACAUCGUGACCGGCAGCGGAUAAUGAGUUCCACAUCGUACCGUGAAUUUGUCAAUCAGAAUGAUGAAGAUAGACAAGCCAUGUUUUCGGAAUCAGGUGAUCAUUACGGUGAUCCACGUUUUGCUCAAACCCAAACUAAUGCAACCAUUUCGUAAACCCGGUAAUUUAUCUGUUGUUUUUUACUCUCUUAUUCCAGUUCCUGGUGUUACUGGUUUGUUCUCAAAUUUUAUCGUUUCAAGUGUUACUGUAGUGUAAUUUCUGUUCUGCUUGAGUUUCCGAUAAAUAUAGAAAAGAGAUUAAAAUUAUGUCUACUGCCUUGUUAUUAAAUUUUUCAGUGGAUAUUUUGCUACACUGAUUUAUUUUUAAAUAAAAACCAAUUAAUU